AUGUUCUCUCCCAACGCCAUCACCAAUGGGCUCGCCCAGUUCACGGAUUCUGUGUCUGGCAUGCCCUCCUCCACCUCUUUUACCGAAUUUUCGAGCAAAAACUUCUUCAAAGUCGAAGACUGCCUCGACCCUGACCAGCUCACCGAAUAUCUCUGCGCCCUUGUGGCUGAAACAGAUCUUGCUCCAUACACCAACAAAGCCAUUAUGAGGCAGCUCGAUCUAAAGUGCGAGCCUUUCGCCAAGCAAGACCGAACUACUCGCCAUGCAGUCUCGAGACGAGUGAACAAGCGUCUCGUCGAGCUGCGGCGGAUACCACCACCUCCGGCCUCGAAAGAUGGCAGGGUGCUGUGCAAAAGUCCUGAAACGCUGAUGCCGGCACCUACUAAUACAAGCGAUGGUGGCAAUCUGAUACCAGAACCCAGUCCUGUCGAUGUCGCUGCUACGCCGAUACCGGCAGUCAACGAUGGUGCUGGCAGUGCUCGUGGUGUUGAGCCACCUCCCCGACUUCUCGACCCUCCCGGCCGACUGCUACCUCGCACCGUCGCCACCGCGCCCAUCAUCACUCCCGUCAUGCCCACUUCAAGCACAGCUUUCACCUUGGUUCGGUCAAGUGCCACUCCUUCUACUACAGCUGUUAAUGCCUGGGCUUCAUUCAGUAUGGCAGCAGCUCGUGGAGAAGAACCAAGCCCGCCGGUAAUCAAGCGGAUACCCGCACCCAAUGUAGCUCUCUCGUCUGGUGAGCUGUUGCAGUCAGAUCAUCAUGCUCUCCAUGACGGCUCGGUCUGGGACCCAAAUGUCCCCAACACCAGAUAUAAAGAAGAGUGGGAUGCUGUUGUGGCCGCCAUUGAACAGGCCGAAGAUUUGGACAUGAGGCAGCGCCAGCCCUACAUCAAUUCUCGCAUUUUCCGCAGUAAAAUGCAUCGUCUCUGUGGCAAGGCCCAAGCUGGACGAGACUGUGGUAACCCCAACGCCUGCGUGACCGCAAGACGCUUCCACAUCUGCCCGGAUUUCCGCUACCAGGAUUGCCUACACGGUGGAGAGGGCAUGAUCCACCUCGGUGGUUAUCAUUCUAACCCCCGCUGCUCUCAGCCACGAAGUCUCACUCCAUGUGUCCGCCCAGGCUGCUGGCAAGGAGAUGGCAUGCGAUAUCUGCACUGUUUGCCGACUUGUUCCUCUUUCAGAAAUGGUAAGCCAUGCUUGAAGGGUGGUCCUCCUCCGAAUGGCACCUGUGAUCAAGGUCAUGAUAACGCCGACAUUCGCCAGGCCCUCGUCGACAAAUACCAGCGCGGCAGCUAA